ACCGUUCUUCUUCUUCUUCUUCAUCAUCAUGACAGAUCCUCCCUCCAAUUUCUUCUCCAAGUCCUUCAACUUCAUCCCCCUCCAUCCUCACUUCUACCCUUCCAAUUCUUACAGUAGUUUCUCCAUUCAAUUCCAACCCCCUCCUCCUUCUGUUCCUCCUCCUGCUGUAAGAGAAGCCCUUCCUCUGCUGAACAAUCUCAGUCUUCUCACAAACCAGUACAAGCAAGCACCAGCUGAACAACCUUCAAGCAAUAGUAAGGAACCAUUAAUUCUAGAUAGAGAGGCUGAGACUUCCAGCGAUGAAACUGUGACUGUUGCUCUACGCAUAGGACUCCCCUCCAUUACUGCUACUAAUACUACCACUAGCAGUAGCAGUAGUAAUACUCAGAUUUCAAACUCCUGUUCCUCCAUUGAAACGAUGACCAUGGAGAAAGAAGAAGUUGGUGGUGGUGGUGGGGGUCGUGGAGGUGGUGUCAUUUCUGGGCACUACUCUUUUGAUCCCUUGGCCAAAGGCCAAUACUGGAUCCCUACUCCUUCUCAGAUUCUCAUUGGCCCUACACAGUUCUCUUGCCCUGUCUGUUCCAAAACCUUCAACAGAUACAAUAAUCUUCAGAUGCAUAUGUGGGGGCAUGGGUCUCAGUACAGAAAGGGUCCAGAUUCUCUAAGAGGAACACAACCUACGGCAAUGCUAAGGCUACCAUGUUUCUGUUGUGCGCCAAACUGCAAGCACAACAUAGAGCAUCCAAGGGCAAGGCCUCUGAAGGAUUUCAGAACCCUGCAAACUCAUUACAAGAGGAAGCACGGCACGAAACCCUACAUGUGCAGAAAAUGCAGCAAAGCUUUCGCUGUGAAAGGUGAUUGGAGGACCCACGAGAAGAACUGUGGCAAAAUUUGGUAUUGCCUUUGUGGUUCUGACUUCAAACACAAGAGGUCUCUUAAAGACCACAUUAGGGCUUUUGGCCAUGGCCAUGGCGGAGCUUUUCCUGGCCUUGAUAAUUGCAGCUUGCUGGAAGAAGAUGAAGCAAAUUCUGAGAUUGAACAUGAUGCUGAAAACUCAAUGUGAAGAUAAUUAAAACUAAGGCUCAACUCAUUAAUUAUCCUCUAGUUAAUUAUCUGCAUAUGUACAUGUUUCCUAUUCCAGGAGGUUCUACUACACCUGACUUCUUCUCUCCAAGUUUGAUUAAGAUCUUGUGAGUUUGAGGUUUGUGAAUAAAAAACUGUUAGGAAUCAGUGAUUUAACUCGGACUCAGACUCCAAUUGGUCGGGACUCAGUGUCACUUCUGGAAAUAGGAACCAAAAACAAUAGAAUCAUGUAUUAUAUAUAUACUCUUAGAUAUUAAUUAUUGUCUUUUUAUAUAUGUUG